AUGUCGGACCAUUCACCCAACGAGGAGAAGAUCCAGAAGGUCAUGUCCACAUCAGAGGAGGCAGCUCCCAGAUCAUCCCGAGAUUCACAGCAAAGUUCCCGUGAUUCGGAAGAUCAAGACUCUGGGUUUGGCCACGAGCCUAUCCAAGAACGAUAUGCAAACCCUUCAUACGGCAGAUUCCGACGCGUGGCUUCAAAGACGAUCGUAUCCUUCGGCACAAAUGACCCAGAUAACCCAGUGAAUUGGAAAACGAGAAGGAAAUUUUUAGUCCUCGCCGCCGGCAUCAUGCAAGUCAUGAACAGCACAAUUGGCUCAUCGAUCUGCAGCAAUGCCAUCCCAGAGAUUUCUAAGGAGUUCAAUAUCACAAACGAAACACUCCUCGUCCUUCCAAUCUCCAUCUUCCUCAUCGGCUACGUUUUGGGGCCUUUGCUCUGGGGCCCCAGCUCCGAGUAUUUUGGCCGAAAGCCGCCUUUACUCAUUGCGUAUGUGCUCUUCAUGAUAUUCACGCUGGCGUGUGCCGUCGCAGAUUCAUUCGCCUCAUUACUUGUCUUCCGACUGCUGAAUGGAAUGGUUGCCUCGGCGCCCAUUGCCACCGUGGGUGGACUUUUUGCUGAUGUGCAUGAUGACCCUACACUACGAGGUCGAUUGAUGGCAUACUACAUGGCCUGUACGACCUUCGGACCUAUAAUCGGACCCUGGGUCUCCGGUUUUGUAGCUGUUGUCAGCUGGCGAUGGUGCUUCUGGAUCGGCCUCAUUCUGGCCGGUGCUAGCUUACCACUGGUUCUCCUCAUGCCGGAAACUUAUGCGCCUGUUAUUCUGAAACGCCGCGCUCAAAAGCUCCGCAAGGACACCGGGAACUCUACUAUCGCCUCCCCGUUGGAGAUACAGAGCCGCAACAUCAAGGAAAUGAUGAUCAUUACGAUUUCGCGACCUUUCCGCAUGCUUUUUCAUGAAUCCAUUGUUUCCUUGAGUUCGUUGUAUCUUGCCCUGGCAUACGCAAUCUUCUAUCUCUACUUCGAGGCAUAUCCUAUCAUCUUCCAAGGCAUUUACAAAAUGAGCCCCGGUAUAUCUGGUCUUAUGUUCUUGCCGAUCGGUGUCGGUGCUGUUCUCGCCUGCUUCGUCUUUUUGUGGUACGACGGCUUCCUAGCCCGAGCCAAGGCCCGCAACGCCAGUUGGGCCUACAUUGAAGAGUACCGAAGGCUUCCACUAGCCUGCAUCGGUGGACCCUUAUACGUCAUUUCUCUAUUCUGGGUCGGUUGGACCGCCUCACCGAACAUCCACUGGGUCGUGCCGUUCCUUUCCGGCAUCCCCUUCGGCAUGGGAUACUUGUUGAUUUUCAUGGCCAUGCUCAAUUACCUGACCGACGCCUAUGAAACACUCUCCGCCAGUGCACAGUCCGCCGCCAGCUGUACACGAAGUAUCUUCGGUGCGGUGCUUCCACUCGCUGCCAAGCCAAUGUUCAACAAACUCGGUGUGCCUUGGGCCUGCAGUCUGAUCGCGUUCCUCAGCCUCAUCGUUUCUAUCAUUCCAUUCGGUUUCAUUCGCUGGGGUGACCGCAUUAGAAACAACAGCAAGUUCUGCCAGGAACUGAAGCGCAUCAAGGAGGCUGAGCGCUUGGAAUGGGAGCGGGAGGAGCGCCUUGCUAGUGGUGAUGAUACCCUAGAGCCUGUUGCGACGCAUAAUACCGGAGUCUCUAUGACAAGGAUCGAUACCGCUCGCACAGAUAAAGCAUCGAUCAUUUGUUGA